CAGCCCGCCGCCGCGAUGCCCCCCUCCCCGGCGGCCGCGGCCGCCUCCCACCUCGCGCUCCUCCUCCUGCUCUCCUCCUCCUCCCUCUUCUUCCUCUACAAGUCCAUCACCCUCCGCCGCCUCCGCCGCAGCCUCCGCCCCUCCCCCUCCCCAUCCUCCUCCUCCCCCGCCGCCGCCGCCGCCCCGACCCUCCUCUACGCCUCGGCCACGGGCACCUCCAAGGCCCUCGCAGCGCGCCUCUCGGCCCGCCUCGCGAACGCCGGGCUGCCCGCCCGCGCCACCGACGCCGCCGCCUUCGACCCGGACGACCUGCCCUCGGUCCCGCUCCUCCUCCUCGUCCUCCCCACGCACGACGCCGGGGCGCCCCCGCCCGGCGCCGCCUUCCUCGCGCGCUGGCUCGCGGAGACCGCCGCCGACUUCCGCGCCGGGGCGCUGCUCCUCUCGGGCCUCCGCUUCGCCGUCUUCGGCGUCGGCUCGCGGGCCUACGGCGACACCUUCAACGCCGCCGCCAGGAGCUUCUCGCGCUGGCUCCGCGCGCUCGGGGCCGUCGAGGUGCUGCCCGUCGGGGAGGGCGACGUGGAUGAGGGGGACCUCGACGACGUCUUCGAGGAGUGGUGCGGGAGGGUGCUCAGGGUGGUCAAAGGGGAGGAGGUUGAGGAGGACGGGGUCGAUGGAGAGACCAAUGGAUUUGAUGGGUUGGAAGGGGAGGAGUCCGAUUAUGACGACGAUGAUGACGAGGAAGAGGAGGAGGAGGUGGCUAGUGCGGAGGUUGACAUGGAAGACAUUGCCGGCAAGGCGACAGCGAAGAAGCAGAACGGGAAGGUGGAGAGUGCUUUGCCCAAUGGAGGGCAGAAUGGCGCUAGGGCGAUGGUCACGCCCAUCAUCAGGGCGAGCUUGGAGAAACAAGGCUACAAAAUUGUUGGUUCUCAUAGCGGGGUGAAGAUUUGUAGAUGGACGAAGUCACAGCUUCGAGGUCGUGGAGGGUGUUACAAGCACUCAUUUUAUGGAAUAGAAAGCCACAGAUGCAUGGAGGCAACUCCAAGUUUGGCUUGUGCAAAUAAGUGUGUGUUCUGUUGGAGGCAUCACACAAAUCCUGUUGGGAAGAGUUGGAAGUGGAAGAUGGACGAUCCUCUGGAUAUUGUUAAUACUGCAAUUGACGAACACAGGAAGAUGGUCAAGCAAAUGAAAGGCGUGCCAGGAGUAAAACCAGAGCGACUAGCAGAGGGUCUAUCCCCUAGACAUUGUGCAUUAUCUCUUGUUGGCGAACCAAUUAUGUACCCAGAGAUAAAUACUCUGGUUGAUGACCUACAUCGCAGACACAUAUCUACGUUUCUGGUUACAAAUGCUCAAUUUCCUGAAAAGAUCAAGGCUCUGAAACCUAUCACCCAGCUGUAUGUCAGUGUGGAUGCAGCUACAAAAGAAAGCCUGAAGGCUGUUGACAGGCCACUCUUUUCGGACUUCUGGGAGCGUUUUCUGGAUUCGCUCAAGUCCCUGCAUGACAAAGAUCAAAGGACGGUGUACCGACUGACAUUGGUGAAAGGCUGGAAUGUGGAAGAGAUUGAUGCAUAUGCAAACUUACUAAAACUUGGGCAACCUGAUUUCAUUGAAAUCAAGGGUGUAACAUACUGUGGCUCGUCAGCAACUUCAAAAUUGACAAUGGAAAAUGUCCCCUGGCAUGCUGAUGUGAAAGAAUUCUCUGAGGUGUUGGCAUCAAAAAGUGGUGGCGUAUAUGAAUUAGCCUGUGAGCAUGUGCAUUCAUGCUGUGUCUUACUCGCAAAGGUGGACAAGUUUAAGAUCAAUGGCAAAUGGCAUACAUGGAUAGAUUACGACCGAUUCAAUGAACUGGUGACAUCUGGCAAGCCUUUCAAGAGCAGUGAUUACAUGGCUGUGACACCUUCUUGGGCCGUGUAUGGCGCAGAUGAAGGCGGCUUCGACCCAGAUCAAGCUCGCUUCAAGAAGGAAAGGCGCCAUGGAGCUGCAGCACUCAAAGGCUAACCUUACCAGACCAAUCUUGUCACCAAGCCAUGGGUGGGACGGCUGUGCUUCCAGAGACUAACAUGUCUACCACCACAUACCAGGAGCCACAAUUUUGGAAAUCAAGAAUCGUGGAGUGCGUCUCCUGUCCCGUUAGUGUGUUUUACUAGAGUGUUCACAACAUGUACCUCUGUUCUUUUGACCCGACGAACUUUAGUGAUGUUUGCAACCGAGAUUUUGAGAAACAGGUUAAAUGGAUACUUCUUUUC